ACAAGCGGAAAGAAAAUUUCCGGCUCUGGCAGUACGAUCGCUACCGUCUACCAUGAUCGAUCAUAUCGACUUUUGUUUAUAAUUUUCUUUUGUUCUUCAAAAGAACUUGGGCCAAUAAAGUUUCCAACCAAUGCCUGUGUUCACGUGGGAAAACAUUUAAGAAUCAGAAAUUCAAAAAUACGAUUAUUAAUCAAAGAAACUUGGAUAAAAUAAAACACACCGGCACACCGGUACAAAAACGUCAGGAAAUCGCGUAUAAUCCUACGAAAAAUCUUUGUGACUUUAUAAACAAGUGUUGAAAACAAAUUCCGACUAUUUUGCCAAGGAAAUUCUAAUUACGCGUGAAAGUUAUUCUAGCUGAUUUGUAAGUGAUAUCUCUCUACCGGUUUUACGGGUAUAACCUCACAAAAAUCUGAAUAUCGACUGUACCGUUUAGAAUGGAAGACAAGAAGAGUCACAGAAGCCGGAGGCACAGAGAGCGUCGUCAAAAUGUGGACCCCGAGUUACAAUCUCAGGGGAAUAUUAGAUGCCAAAUAGCUAGACUAUCCGCUGUUUCCGGAUUGAACGUGGAGGCACAGGAAUUCACCAAGAAGGAAAAGGAGAAAGACGAGCCACAGUGGGAAAGAAAUGUGAUUCGGAGGGUAAAAAACUUAGGUCUUUACGAGGACGACUUCCCAAAAGAUUAUAAAAGGAGAUCCGUCCUGCUUGAAAAAUACGCGGGAGAUCAUGAAAUCAUUGCGGACAUAAGGAUUUCAAACGGAGGAGUGAGUUAUUCCAAUAAAAGAUUGGAACGUUUGUGGACUGGCAAUGACAGCAACAGUCUAGAAUCGUCGAUGUCAAGUGAUUGUGAUAAAAGCAAAUCCGAGUCGUCGAGCGUCAACAGCGAAGAGGAAAAAUACAAGAAAAACGUCCUCGUCAGUUCGUUACUGAAGCAACGUCGAGUGCAAAAGAAGAACGAGCGAAAGCUCGAAAAACCUGCAGAAAAUGGGCACUUCAAGCACGAAUCCCAGGAUGAUGUGUCUCACAUCCUUCGUGAUCCCUUGGAUCCCGAUUUCACUUAUCGUCGACCGACAGUAGAAAAUUCCGAGGCUGAUUACACCGUCGAGCACGUGGGAAAAAUAAACGUAGUUUCAGCUCGUAAAUAUUUAAUUGAGAACUUUGACGACAGUGAUCUUACCUUUUGCCAACAAAAUCCGUGUCACUCUGUAAGUUCGAGGGCAAAAGACAAUGAAUCGUGAAUCUCGAACUCGUCCCAGAUCAUUUUAAAAUCAAUCGAAUUGUUAUCUAAGUUAGUCCGUCUCCAGUUAGCUUUUUUUUCUAUCAAUUUCGCAGACUAUUCGCAUAAAUGCGACUGAAACUCCGAUCUUUCACAAUCACCGUUUUGCAAUUGAAAUAGCUAGAUACGAAACGUUACAAUAAGCUCGGAGUUGUUUUUUCUCAGGAAAAAAAAACAAAACAAAUUAUUUUUACACAUUCUAAUAAUUCAAGUAAUUUCAUUUUUUUACGAGCAUUAAGCACAGCAGGGUGGGCUUAAGACUUCCAUUCGUCAGGAUAACAAUAAUAAUAACAAUAAUAAAACCACUAUCAAAAAUUAUAAUAAAAUGAUAACCAACAAAAAUAAUAUCGAUAAUAGUGAAACGCUGUCAAUACUGAAUGACCACCUUUACACGUCGCUCUUAUUCCGGUUUAGUUAUAUCAAUAUAGAUAUACAAAAUACGAUAUAGAUAAAUAUAUCCGUCUGUACAUACAAAACCGGAACAAAAGCGCUGUUUAAACGUAGUCAAUGAUAAUAAUUUCAUACGAAAAUGUUUUCUUUAUAAUAGUCCUAAUUUCCGAUCAGUACUAAAUUUAAAGAUGUAUUGAUUCUGAAAAAAAGAAAAUAAAUUGUUUUUUUUAAAUUUAGAACUGUAUUCGUUGUAACGAAGGACGAAUUGUAGAGCGUUCGGGUAUCAGCGAAGAAAACCCGGAAACACGAAAAGCAACAUUUACGAUAUUGACGAUUUGACAAUAGUGAAGUUUUAAUUUACAUUUAAAUGAGGAUUUGAAAAUGUUUCACAGCGUUACGAAUACGUUACUUUACAGUAAAAAUGUCGGUACGGUUAUCGUUCUUAAAAUACAAAUUUCGCAUUGCAACUAA